AUGUCUGCAGCUCAUGACCAUGGGAACCAAACGCAUUCCCACGCCACGGAGCAACCAGGCCUAGAAGUUGUAUCACACGAACAAGAGAAGUUCCCGCACACAGAAGACCCCACGUGGUCCGGACUCCAAGUCUCCAACCAUUCAUUUUACGAUAGCGGCAAGGAGGCAGUUUCUGAUCACAACGAUACCGACAAAAUACACGUAAUUUCGGGGCAAGACGAAGUCGGAGAGCUUGAAUCUGUGCAACCAAAGCGAAGAAAACGGCUGUGGCUCAUCAUUGGAGGAAUCAUACUCGUUCUUGUGGUUGCAGCAGCUGUCGUCGGUGGGAUAUUGGGAAGCAGGGCGACGAAAGCAGCGCAGGUCAACGAUUCGUUGCCCACGAACGUGGCUAGCCCUACCAGCACACCGACUCCCGCGGAUACCUCCAACACGACAACAAAAUCACAAUCAAUACGUCAGGGAUCGCCUCUUACCGUCACCGGAUGGAGUCAGUCUGGGGGAGUUGAACUGUUUCUGUUCUAUCAAGACGACGAUUAUCAAGUGCAUCGGUCGACAUACGACACUACGAAGACAAGCGACAACUCAUCAUGGCAGACGCCCGAUAAGUAUAACUCUUCUGCGGAUGUGAGUGCUCGUUUAGGGGCAACUAUCAUUCAGUAUGAUGCCUCAUACCAGGUGGACGGGUCUCGAAAGCCGCAAACAGAAGUCUUUUACACAAACGAUGAUGGUCGUGUCCUCGGAGUGAGUAUCAACGAUGCUCUGAGCUCAAACUAUGAAGAAGACAGCAUCAAAAACAUGGUGUUGAACUCCCGUGUCAACAGUAGCGUCGCAGCAUAUUGGCCUUGGGUUAUAUAUCAGGAAAGCAGUGGUGGAAUCGUCGAGGUGCGAAAUCGCCUUAGGACUGAAUUCUCACCGGCAGCUGAGUGGGACAAGAAGAGACUCAAUAUCUCUGCGGAUAGUGAUAGUCGGCUGGCGUUGGUUCCACUAUCGACCAACUUCAGCAAGAUUGCUGUCCAAGGAGGUUAUGGGAUAUUCUACCAGGUUAAUGGAGCCUUGGUAGCGCUGAUACCAGACCUUGGAUCUGAUGAGCUCGCUACUGAUUAUGCGGACUCAUGGCCUACAGACUUCCCAGCUGUCACAAAUAUGCCAGGAGGUGCACCCUUUGCUGCGUUCUCAGUUGCCAGAAGUUCAGAUACUCUGCAGAGAAUAUUCACUUACGUCCUUUACCUUGACAACGAUGCAAACAUCAACGUCAUUUACAACGAUGCCUCCUCCUGGAAAACGGCUCAACCAGCUACCUUGAAGGGUGUUGACGCCGACACAGACAUUACCUGUCUCACUAUGGCCACGACGCACCGCGACUCUUUUACACAAGAAGUAGUACUUGGAGCGCAGUCUUUCGAUCCAAGGUGCUACUUUCAACGUGAGGGCUUGGUCAGAGAGGUGAUUCUGACUAAUAACGAGUGGGUGGAUAAUGGAAACGUGCCCAUACCGUAG